AUGCCAAGCAAGCGCGAUGUCGAUGAUGAUGCGAAGUUCAAAAGUCCGAACAAAGUCACAUUCAAGUCACGUCUCAAAGCAUCAUUGAAAAGCGUACAAAUCGAAGCUAGUGCACAUUCGCGUGAAAAAUUCCUGUCUGAUCUACGAAAAGCUCGGGAAAUCACCGAUGUGAACGAGACGAACGAUUUCCUAGACAAGAUGCGCUGCCGUCUUGACAAUCCAGACGUAUUAUCUGUGGAUACCGUACAUCAGUUGAUGAUCUCGUAUAGGGACAAUCAAAACUACAAUGGGAUGAUUAGCCUUGUCGAAGACCUCAGUCGUAUUGAAGACUGCACCCUCAUCGAUACCCAAGUCAUACGGUAUCAGUACGCCUUUGCGUUAGCAAGGAGGAACAAAGAAGGUGAUCGAGAACGUUCAUUGGCUACUGUACUCAACAUCAUCGAAUCUACGACUGACAAAGAAGCACUUAGCCCUGACGUCAUUUGUCUUGCAGGCCGAAUCUAUAAGGACAAGUUUAUUGCAAGCAACUAUGAAGAUCGUGAAGCUCUAAACAACGCUGUGUCGUGGUACCGUAAGGCAUUCGAAAUGUCACCUUUAGAGCAUAGUGGCAUCAAUUUGACUACUUUAUUACGUGCCAGUGGCGAACACUUUGAGAGCAAUGCUGAAAUGCAGCAAAUCGCUGUCGUUCUGAAUUCACUUCUUGGAAGAAAAGGUGCCCUACAUCAGUUGACUGACUACUGGGAUGUUGCAACAUAUUUUGAGGUAUCCGUACUCGCCGAGAACUAUCAGAAGGCUUGCGAAGCGGCGUUGAAAAUGGCGAUGCUAAAACCACCAGUUUGGUUCCUGAAAUCCACCAUGGAGAACAUCAAGCUUAUCAAUCGUUGUGCAGCUACUAUUAGUCCGAUCGAAAAGGAAAAGCAGCAAUUUUUGUUCUGGUCGGAAUUCUUCAUGGAAGCGAUCGAUUCUGAAACAGAAGUAACUUGUGCGAGAUUCCCAGUUUUGAUUCAAGAACUCACCAAGCAAUUCACACCUUCCUAUCUCACCUUAAAUGUCACCGAACGAUCGAUGAUCCUUAGCCAUGUGUUGGAAAAUAGUCAACAAAAGAAACCACCACCUGGUAUUCAUCGUUGGCACUUCACCGCAGGGAAUAUCAAAGCUGUAUCAGCAUCAAAACGUGAUGAUCGCUCGAUGUUCCUAUAUGUGCAUGAGAACUCGGACGAUUUCAACCUGGUUUUUCCAUCGGCAGCCCAUUGUAACAAGUUUGUGACAGUUGUCCUUACAAAAAGACGAUUAGAAUACCUGUUGGCAGCUCUUUAA